GGGAAGGGGAUGAAGGCAUUGAGGUGUCUUUUGAGUUGGCGCAAAGGACAGCUGAAGUGAUGCAUCAGGUUGUAGGCAGGAGAGAUUGGAGCACUGGAGGAGAGGUUGGGAAGGACAGCAGCAAGAGAGCAGAGCAGCAGUCUGAGUUGGGAGUCCGGGUGAAGGACAGCUGAAGUGAUGCAUCAGGGUUUAGGCAGGGGAGGUUGGAGCACUGGAGGAGAGGUUGGGAAGGACAGCAGCAAGAGCCGCGGUAAAAGAGCGGCAUUGAGAGCAGCAGCAAGAGCAGCGGGAACAUGGUUUUGUUGAAGUUAACAACAGCGAGGGAGCUUGAGUAGCAGCAGCGGGAAGGAUUGGGUGGGAAGGUUGGCACGCAGGAGGGAAGGGUGGGAGGCAGCUGCGGUAGUAGAAACAGCAAGGUGGCAGGAGGGGCAGCAGUAGUGAGCGCCAGCAGCGAAGGUUGGGCUUGGGGGCUAGUGUUGUCGGUGGGAGCUACAACAGAGGUGUGCAAUGAGGGGAGCAGGAGUGGAGUGUGGUAUUGUUUGAGUAGAAAUCGGUGGUAAUGGUGGCAGGAGGCAGCGGUAAUGGUAGAGGUAUUGAUGGAAAAAACAGAAAGUGGGCGGGGGGAAGGAGAUAAGGCAAGAGCGAGGGCGAAGUUUCGAAAGAAAGCAGAAAAGAGGGAGCUGAAAGGAGGGAGAUGAAAAGAGGGAGGUGGAAGGAGGGAGCUGAAAAGAGGGAGGUGGAAGGAGGGAGGUGAAGAAGGGAGGGAGCUGAGAGGGAGCUGAGAGGGAGCUGAGAGGGAGCUGAGAUGGCAGAAACUUCAAGCGGGUGGCUGUGGCCUUGGGGAGCAUGGACAUGGUAGAAUGGGCGAUUUACCAAAGAAGGGAUGAUGUGGAGGAUGAUCGGAACGAUGUUGAUGUCGCAGAAAAGGAUGGAAGUUGGGAGUGAGUGACGAUGAAAAAGAAGGGGUGCUGUCGAAGGGAGAAGCAGGCAGGUGGCCAAAAGUGGAUGACUGCUCGAGUGGCUUUUUCGGAAGGGACAAUACCAAAUCUUGAACAUCAGCAACGUGAAGUAUGGGAGGGAGUGAAGAUGAGCCUGGGGAAGGAUGAUAAGGGAGUCGAAAAAGGCUCUUGGUCGUUCAGUCCUUUCCCACCUUGUGCUACCAUCACUUGUCCCUUCUUUCUGUCCUCCCAAGUUAGGAAUUGCCGUGGGAGGCAUGUAGGUUGGGCAGCAUGGAUACCAUGUAUGGUCGUGCUAGAUUUUGUCAUUUGGACUGAGUGAGCAAAUGUUGUGCAAUGCGCUGGACGAAUGAAUCCUCAUGCAUGACAAAAUCAGUGAUGUGGUAGCUUGGUAUCAGGAUUUUUCCGCUGAACUCCAGCUUAGCAAAGCUCUGCAUGCUAAUUUUAUGCAGAACACGCUGGCACCUUGCUUAGUCAGAGUGCGAUAACCCGCGGCUCAUGCUGCUUAGAUCCAGAUACGCGUAUCAAAUUUAGCGGCCUCCGAGUAGCUCGUGGUCGAUUAUGCAAGGAACAGGUUUCGGACACCGUUUAGAGAAAGGCUGACGUUUCACUUCGAAAGUGACAGCCACUGGAAAGAGCAGGCAUCCUGGCUGUGACUGCCAUCCACGAUUUAACAGCUCGCCAGCCAACGGCUACUUUGAUCCAGCGAGUUUGCAAUCCGGUGUUUGGCCACCUCACGACCCUCUUGCGUUAGCAUUCUCGCAGCUGUUAUUCGUUCAGAAUCCGCAUGACGUUCCCAAUAGUGGAAGUAAUCACACUACCGCUCGUAUCUUCGACGCUUGUCGGAAAUGACACGCUAUGUUCGGGAGACAGCCGCAGAAUUCGCCGCCGCCUCUCUUUCCGACUACCCUCCAGUUCUGCUGACUGGGAUUUUUGUAUCGAACCCCCAGGAUGAGAAAGAAGCUUCUGAUUUUAUUGCUUGCAGCGGUGGCAUCAGGCUCCAAGCCUCGUUGUCACGGCGAAUUUCCAGACCUGGGAUAGACGAUAAAGCCAGUGAUGAUGGGGCUAAGGUGAGGCCCUGUUGUUCUGACCUUUUCGCAGUUUCUCCCUAAGGUUCGGAGUGCGAGCUUGGUUCUGGUGUUUCCGGCGGAUUCACAGAGAUACCUUCUCCCUUGAUCAGCUAUUGAUCAGCGACCGAUCAGCUAUUUCUUAGGCACCUGCGACGUCGAGGCAUCAUCCUGCUCUUUACUAUCUCUCUCUUGAGAGUUUCAACGACGAAUAAUCUUCCUUGCGGAGCUAGGCCAAGAAGUGAUUCUUGAGAAAGUUUCUACUAUGCAUCCUGAAGACUUCACAUCUCUCGAGAUUCACCGGAAUAACGUGGCUCAAAGCCCUCCCCGCCAUGUACCGAGGCGAAGAUUUCAGCCAAGACUAUGGGUGAAGCUGACGUUCUUUGUGGGUGCUCUGGUGCUGAUCUGCUCCGGUGUUUUGGCCGUCGUUCUGUGGAGACUGUCGAAAUCAACUUUGACUGGAGAAAUCCGCGGGAGGCUUGACACUGUAGCGAGCCUUCGUCAAGAGCAGAUACUCAGUUACAUUACGGGAACUCAAGAUACGGUGAAGCUGAUUACAUCCCGUGUUGUCAUUUCUUCCCUGUUGCUCAUGCACAAGCAAGGAAAGUUGAAUCUGACGAAAAAUGACUACACUAUGGGCACAGUGGAUCUUAACUCUGCUGUCAUGAGUGCGGCUAAUGUCAUGGCGUUAGGAGCGUACAGCACCGAGGGCGAACUUCUGUUCGCCAGCAAGCAUCCAGCUGACGUGGAGCCGCUGCCAAAGCUCUUGCACGGGCGAGCACUGAUUGUCAAGAAUCGAAACACGUCAGUGUGGUCUGGGAUUCCAUAUGCAGGACGCAAUAAUACAUUCCUGAUCGACAUUGCAGCUUCUGUUGACUAUCAGGAUACCUUUUGCGGAAUUAUCUUGGCAAGAGUUGAUGCGGAGAAAUUCAGGCAAACUGUGCAUGAUGGGACUGGCCUUCAGACCACAGGAGAGCUUCUUGUUGUCUAUGUCAAUAAAGGCGAGGACCUGGUGCAUUUCAUAGUUCCUCCGGUUAAGGAUCCUAAUGUGACAAAUUCGACUCACAAGGGUGCUGCCUUCAGGGCAGGGGAAGGCCAGAUUGGACAUUACCAAGGUGCUGACUUUCGUGGAGUUGAUGUCGUUGCUUCCUACCGUCCCAUUGGCUACGAUUCCUGGGGUCUGGCGGCCACAAUUGACAAAGGAGAAGUAUACCUUUCCAUAAGGAAGUUUGAGAAGAUCAUUAUAAUUUCAAUGUCCUGCAUCUUUGUGCUGGGGAUCCUCGCAGCCUAUGCCUUGGCUACGUAUUUUUCCCGUCCAAUUAUGGAGCUUGGGGAUGCAGCGGGCAAGCUAGCACGAGGUGACUACAGUGCAAGAGCCCAUGGACGGAGAGGCUGCUUGAAGGAUGAAAUUGACGAGCUUUGCUGUGUCUUCAAUGACAUGGCUGAUCAGAUCUCCAGUUCCUACUCGACUUUGGAACAAAAGGUGAUAGAACGGACACAAGACCUGGCACUGAUGAACGAGGGUUUGUCUGCUGAGGUGGAGGAGAGGAGGAAGAUUGAGUCACUGCUGAAGGAUGCCAAGGAGCAGGCGGUUUCUGCAGAUAAAGCGAAAUCUGAGUUCCUCGCUAACAUGUCCCACGAGAUCAGGACACCAUUGAAUGGCAUUAUCAACUGUACGGAGCUCUGUUUGGAUACACCUCUCAGCUCUGAACAGAUCGAGUAUCUUGAGCUUUCACUGUAUUCAGCCAAGCAUCUCCUGCGCCUUAUUGCUGACAUCUUGGAUUUCAGCAAGAUCGAGGCUGGAAAGAUGGACCUAGAGAACAUUGAGUUCUCACUUCAUGACCAGAUGGAGCAUGCGGUAUCUGUCAUGGCAAAUCGAGCAAGGAAGAAGGGCCUUGCACUUGUAUCAUGGCUGAAGUCCCCCAACAUGCCAGAGAGUCUCAUGGGUGACCCUGGACGACUUCUUCAGAUCUUCAUCAAUCUUUUGGGGAACGGGAUCAAGUUCACUGAGAAGGGGGAAGUUGUGUUGACAGCAACACUUGUCGCUCUUCAGGAUCAGACCGCAGAGGUUCUGUUUGCUGUUAAAGACUCAGGAAUCGGCAUCCCUCAGGCCAAGCAGUCACUUCUGUUUCAAGCAUUCAGCCAGGUCCAUGCCUCCGACGCAAGGCUUUAUGGGGGGACGGGACUAGGUUUGAUGAUCUCGUCUCGGCUGGCAAAUGCCAUGGGUGGGCACAUGUGGGUGGAGAGCGAGGAGGGCCGCGGAUCAACGUUCUUCUUCACAGCCAAGUUCCGCAUGCCUGCUGAGGCUGCAAAACCUUCAACACUGGGAAGAUGCGAUGCUCUGUGUCCGAAGAUGAGCCAUUUUCGCGGGCUUGUCGUGGAUGGGAAUGAAUCGACAAGGAAGUCCGUCAUUUCAACUCUCGAGAAGUUGAAAGUCAAGGCAGACGAUACGGCUGAUGCAACCUCCGCUCUGGAAAUGCUCCAACGAGCAGUGUACAACGAGUCGCCAUACACCCUUCUCAUUCUUGACUCUCAACUCGGGGACACCAACAAUGAAUCCUCCCCCUCUGCCUCCACCUCCAGUAGCUGUGCUCCUUCCUCUAGUGGCUGUGCUAAACUGCUGCGCCACAUUAAGGAGCAGAAUCUUCUGCAUCAGGACAGCUUUGGAUGCCGAUUCAUCAAGGGAGACUGCAGCAGUGGGGCCAUGCAAGAGGUGGAGGAUCUUACUGCGUUUUUGGAGUCACCUGUGCCAGCUUGGCUGUUCUCUGAAGAAGGGGAGAAGGCCUCAGCGGAAAAGCCUGCUUCCAGUGUGCUCUUCUCUGGGAAAGGAAAAAAGGCCUCAACAGAAGAAACAGAGAGAAGCGGUGAGUCGCAGUCAGCUAGAGCUGGCAGUGGAGUGAUGCCGCUGCAGAGAUGCAGUCAGGCACAGGCUUUCUGCAGUGCGCCUGAAGCUGGCAAUGAAGCGACGCAGCUGCAGCAGAGAUGCAAUCAGGCGCAGGCAGCAUGCAGUGCAAAUGAAGCUGACAGCGAAGUGGUGCCGCUGCAGAGAUGCAGCCAGGCACAGACUGCCUGCAGUGCAAGUGAAGGAUGUCGGCUGCAGUCCCCUGAAGAGGGCUCAGUGCUACCUGUUGUGCUGUUGACCCCUGGAAAUCUGGACGACAAGUCCCUGUGCAAGAGUUUGGGUGUGCAGCUUCAUGUCCCCAAGCCUGUGAAGAGAAAGGUGUUGCUUCGAAGAGUCAAGCAGGCAUUGAAACUUCCACUACAGGAGGGACUUUCUGCCUCAAACUCAAGUGCGUCAGACGAGGCGUCUGCAUCAGCAGCAGCUGACAGAAGUCUGAAGGUCUUGGUUGCGGAGGACAACAUUGUGAACCAGCGGGUGGCAAUGACUCUCCUGCGCAAGUGGGGGCAUGAGACUGUUCUGGCCAGGGAUGGUGAAGAAGCUGUGGAGAAGGUUCAAGGAGGAGUUUUCGAUGUGAUACUAAUGGAUGUUCAAAUGCCAGUUUGCGAUGGGCUACUAGCAACCAAACGCAUUCGGGAAUACGAGUCUACAACAAAGCACCAUACGCCCAUCAUAGCUAUGACAGCGCAAGCCCUCAUAGGAGAUGGAGUGAAGUGCAUAGAAGCAGGGAUGGACUCGUACAUGAGCAAGCCUCUGAACGCAUCAAAGUUGAAGGACCUCCUGCGGCUUGUGUGCCAAUCACACGUGCUUCCAGAACCAACCAAGGACUGUGCUAGGGAAUUUUGAUGCCAAGGAGAGCAACUGUGCUCGGUUCACAAGUUGGCUUGUGAAAAUGCACGAGUGUUGUUGGUUUUAUUAUAAUACUCUUGCAAAUAGCAUUGUACAUAUGUAGGGCACACAUCUACAUUGUUUGUGAAGCACAUGUAUGCAAUGGUGCUU